GGUAGGUCGUUCAGCGAGCUCUAACGACUGUUUGCAUUCCGCCCGGAUAGGACCGCGUCUGUCCGCAUCGUGCACUUCGGUCGGUGCUCCAGCUCUCUGGAUUGCCUCGGACACCUAAAGAGCCCGUCAAAUUCCAUCGUCAUUACCCAAUAGAUCAGUAGGCUGCUUAACGGAGGAUUCUCAGACAGGCCAGUAAUGAAGAUGGAUCAACGCCGUCUAGCCCUGUUCCUCUGCCUGUUUUCCAUCAGUCUGCUUUCUGUCUUAGCCAAUUCAUGGGAGAACAUGAACACAACAGAAGAAAACCCACAGCAGCACAUGUACAAGGAAAUCACCAGAUACAGAAUCAUGAACGCUCAGUUUGAGUGCUACCAGAGGAUCAUGAAGGAUGUCAACCGAACACGAGAAGGGCCGAUGUGUAACCGCACCUGGGACGGUUGGCUAUGCUGGGACGACACCGAAGCUGGCAUCACCUCUGAUCAAUUCUGCCCCGACUACUUUGACAACUUUGACCUUACAGAAAUGGUGACAAAGAUUUGCACAGAGAGUGGCCAUUGGUUCAUACAUCCUGAAAGUAAUAGAACCUGGACCAACUACACCAGCUGUAGAAAAACUCAAAUCAUUGAAGGAGGAAUAACUGCGAUGAAUUUGUUAUACUUAGCCCUGAUUGGUGAUGGAUUGUCACUUAUAUCUUUGUUUAUUUCACUUGGGAUCUUUUUCCACUUCAAAAGUUUAAGUUGCCAAAGGAUUACUCUGCACAAGAACCUCUUCUUCUCCUUCGUAUUGAACUCCAUUGCCUCAAUCUGGUUAAUGACUUCCACCAAGAACAAUGAGGUGGUGCAGCAAAACCCAACCAGCUGCAGGUUGUCCAUGCUGAUCCAUCUCUACCUGUUCGGCUGUAACUACUUCUGGAUGCUGUGUGAGGGGAUCUACUUACACACUCUCAUUGUGGUGGCAGUGUUUGCUGAGAAACAGCACCUGAUGUGGUACUAUCUGCUGGGAUGGGGAUUCCCACUGAUACCAGCCCUGAUCUAUGCAGUAGCCCGUAGUUACUACCACAAUGAUAAUUGUUGGAUCAGCUCUAAUACAUCACUGCUAUACAUCAUCCAUGGCCCUAUCGUGGCAGCUUUAUUGGUUAACCUCUUCUUUUUGCUCAACAUCAUCCGUGUUCUGAUCACUAAGCUCAAGGUGACCCAUCAGACGGAGACUAGCCUGUACAUGAAGGCUGUACGGGCCACUCUGAUUCUGGUGCCGCUCCUGGGGAUCCAGUUUGUGCUGUGGCCAUACAAGCCCCAUAGCCAUGUGGCAUCUGAAGUCUACGAUUAUAUUAUGCAAAUCCUGAUACAUUACCAGGGGCUGCUGGUGGCCACCAUAUUCUGUUUCUUUAAUGGGGAGGUGCAAGGGGUUCUGAGAAGACACUGGAACCAGUAUCGCAUUCAGUUCGGUACACCCUUGGCUCACCCAGAUGCCCUGCGCUCAGCGUCCUACACAGCCUCCAGCAUCACCGAUGUGCCUGGCUGCUACAGCAUUGAAAGCCUCACGGAACACUUUAAUGGAAAGGGCUGCCAUGACACUGAGACCAGCAUAUUCAAACCAGAGAACCCCUUUGCCUGAAGGCUCACCUGACAGCCGUUACUGAAGACUAGAUACAGUGGAAAACCAAUGAUACUGAAUGCUGUUCUACAUCUAGAGAGCUGUUAUCCUCAUACUUAAAAUGAAGUACAUCAUACAGGAUACUAACAUGAAAAUAGUGGGCUUGCCAAUCAGUAUGAAUUACUAAACACUGGGAUCUGUUCCUCUGCUUUUCCCAAAAUAGAAUGUGUGUCCUGGCACCCUUCUUCAUCCCUACCUAUCCAAAUAUGUAUUUAAAAAGACAUCAAUACAAUUUUUAGGACUGGCAGCACCUUUUUUGAAGCCACUACGAACUGUCAGUGUAUGUGCGUCGAGGACAGAGUGGAAGCAUUUGGAUAUACGCUGAUGCACUUUGACAAACUGCCCAUGGUCUACAGUACUCAUGUCAUCAAACUCAGUGCCUUCUCUUCAUCACAUCAUCUACAGCUCUCUCUUCUUCACAGUCGUGGUCUUUAGAUGGGGAAUCUGAUUGGGUGAUCCUGCCAUUCCAUAAGAGGCAUGUUCACUGUUGCAGUGAGUUCAUCAAGCUUGUACCUGGUCAUUCUCUUCCUUUUUACCUGCAAUGUCUCUCUUGACUACUGGGUCUUUUGUUGUUGAAGAUUGUUCUAAGGAGGCAAAAACUCCUUAGUAUUAACCAUCAACAGCUAGGAGCUGAUCCCAUGGUCAUGACAUUUGGUUUUCCAGUGAUAACAUGCAUAUAAUUCACUUGUUAGUCUUCAGAAAUUUUUAGGAAAUACAGAUAAUCAUACCCUUGACUACAAUUCAUUUAAAUAAGAGAAAAGUUCAUUUCUAAGAUGCCUCUUCGUGAUGGGCUUGUGAGGAUAAGAUUAUUAGCAUUAAUUAUAGCUGCAUGGUCCUGUGUUGUAUGGUAAAGUCAGUAGGUCACUUUUCAGUGGUAAGGAGUUGGUAGAGUUCCUGCUGCUUAUCUUUACGUCUCGUGUGUAGGACUUAUGCUCUUAAGUACCCUUGUGGGUUUGGUUUCUGGCAGCGGGCAACAGAGUGUUGGCAGCCCUCCUGACAUCUGGGAUGGGUUCUGUAUUGACGCAACCCAAAUGGAAUAGAACAAAUUUGGAAAGAUUAACUUGAUUGAGUUUUAUGUUCUGCUUUGAUUUAUUUCAUGCUGUCUCAAACAUGAAGAUGUUUAAAUACUAAUAGUCCAAUGGUUCCCUUACGGUGAACUGCAGUGUAUAUCAGUUUUGGAAAAAUUUCUUGUGUUUAUCAUUGUACUCAAAGGACAUUUGCAUCUCUGUACCUGAAUAUAUGACCUCAUCAUAUAAUUCUAAGUUAGUAAACUUGUGAAAUUUCCUUAAUAAAUUAAUAUUUUACAUAGUCUGCUCAUUCAGUUAUAUACAGAAUUAUAUUUCUGCAGUAAAAAGUUCAUAAUGAGAUGGUACAGGGGUUUAACGGUGAGUGAGGCGGCACAUGGCUGUCUGUACAGGACACCUGCUCACUGCUCACAAUGUAAAUUGGAGGAUCCUUAAGCGUCAGCUUCAGUUAACCAAGCUAUUGGUUGAUUAUGGUGAUAAGCUUUAUAGUGCUUUAGCCAGUCAAGCUAUUCAUUCUUUCACAUUUCUAGCCGCUUAUUAGAAAGUGCCAUUAUUACACUGAUUAUGCUCUGUGCGAUUAUUGUGUUACAUUUAAUUGACUGUAUGGUAAAACAUAUAUCUUUACUUUAUCAUGAAAAAAACAACAAUGCAGUUUGAAAAUCAUUGAAUAUCAAUGCUCCUGCUAAAUGGUCCAUGCUAGUACCCCUAUAAUACACAGUAUGGUGUUCAAUGUGGCUUUUAGCUUCCACACUGGGUUUUGCUUAUAGAACCAUUCACAGGAAGUCCAUUUCCAUGCACUAUGCCAAUUGCCUUUUUUGUGUGGCCCAGCUGUGUAAAGGGAACAUUGUACGCUUCUGGCAUCUAUACAGGAUAUAUUUCCAUUAUUAAUUUUUCAUUAUUGGUUUUCAGAACACAAAAGACCAAACAAGUUGUUUUUAUUUAUUUUUUUUAAGUCAGAAUGCUGGAAAGAACCCUGGCCACAUUCAGAAGUUGUAAAUAUAGUUGUAAAGGUCAAAGGUUGUUUGUGUUUUUGCAUUACAUGUAUGUAUUUAUACCUAUAUGUCAUAUUUUAUGUACCGAUAAACACAGACCUACCAGAGUGCUCAUCAGCAUGUAUCUUAGAUCACACCUGACACCAGGCGCCAGUGCACUUUUUCUUUUUAAAGGACAAUGAGUCUGGAAGCUAUUAUGGUGCAGACUUCUGGCUCCUGUCCUACACUGAGUUUGAACUUGAGUGUAAUCACAUAAAAGCCGACAGCAAUCAAUCAUAUCGCCCACUGUGGUCACAGUCGAUUGGAGAUGUGGGAUUGGUUGGGGUCUUUGAUCUAGGAAGUUUCCUUCUGGCUGUAGAAUGUUAACAGGACUGACAAAAAAUAUAACACAAUCAUAAAUGUAAAUUCUGCAUGUAAUCCUCACUUAUAUGCAGUUCACUUGGACAUAGAAUCAGCACUACAGCAUGUGCAGAGUAUCAGUAUUUCAAGGACUGCUGCAUGCGGUGACAGCUUCCACAGCACAUCGUAACCAUGGGAUUAUUGGUCUAUCCCCCGUUGGAAGUGUGACACAUGAUGACAGAGGCUAUGUGCAUCAUAAGUAUCGUACUGUAUUUCACUUUUAAAUUGGACUCCCUGCCGGUCCUUUCCUGCUGUAUGAAUGUAACAAACCUGUGUUAAUGAUAAACCGUCUCACAGGUUUUUUUUCUCCAUUGAACUUAGCUGAUGUUGCUAUGAUGAUCUGUGUAUUAUCAUACAAUUAUAAACCUUUAUCUGAUAA